GCAGUUACAUGGUAGAUGCUAUAGGUGGAUGGAGGAAAAAGGCCUAUUUAAGGAGGACAUUUACUGGUGUAUUCUGCUAAACUAUUAGAGCAUCAUAAUUGUAACUGGCGUGUCUCAUGUGACCAGCACGAGCCAAUCAGCAGCCAUUAUGGGGUGUAGUAGUCAAUCGGCCGAUUGUGGUGCGAGGGCAGUGUGACGAGUGGGAAGAGCACAUUCACAGCACCAGGAGUGGAAUACGUGAGUCAGCGGCUCUGUCAUUUCACGCCAGUAGACCACUCCUGUCCUACGACAAGGUGCCACUUCAAGUGACAAAGUUGUGUCCUAGCCAGUGUCGCCAUGUCAGCGAAAGCUAUCUCAGAGCAGACGGGAAAAGAGUUCUUACAUAAGUACAUCUGCACCUCAGCGGCUGUUCAGAACCGAUUCUCCUAUGCUCGUGUCACCCCUGAGACCGACUUGGACCGCCUCACCCAGGAGCACCCAUGGCUGUUGACACAGCGUCUAGUGGUGAAGCCAGAUCAGCUUAUCAAGAGGCGUGGAAAGCUCGGACUGGUCGGCACCAACCUGGAUCUGCAGGGAGUCAAGGAGUGGCUGAAAAACAACUUAAUGAAAGAAACCACAGUAGGGAAGGCCAAGGGUGUGCUGAAGAACUUCCUCAUUGAGCCGUUUGUUCCACACACACAGGAGGAGGAGUUUUAUGUGUGCAUCUAUGCCACUCGUGAGGGCGACUACAUACUUUUUCACCACGAAGGAGGCGUGGAUGUUGGUGAUGUGGACGCCAAGGCCCAGAGGUUGAUGGUCGCAGUGAAUGAUACGCUGAAUGAGGACCAGGUCAAGGAGCACCUCCUCACACAUGUAGCAGAUGAUAAAAAAGAAAUCCUGUCUACAUUUAUCAAAAGCCUCUUCAACUUCUAUGAGGACCUUUACUUCACAUACCUCGAAAUCAACCCGCUUGUUGUAACUCAAGAUGGAGUGUACGUACUGGACGUGGCUGCUAAAAUUGAUGCCACCGCAGAUUAUCUCUGCAAGGCAAAAUGGGGGGAUGUCAACUUUCCACCUCCUUUCGGGAGGGAAGCCUAUCCAGAGGAAGCCUACAUAGCUGACCUGGAUUCAAAGAGUGGUGCAAGUCUAAAGCUCACUCUGCUCAACCCAUGUGGUCGAAUCUGGACCAUGGUGGCUGGAGGAGGAGCCUCAGUUGUGUACAGCGACACCAUUUGUGAUCUGGGUGGGGUAAAUGAGCUGGCAAACUACGGUGAAUAUUCUGGAGCUCCGAGCGAACAGCAGACCUACGACUACGCAAAAACCAUCUUGUCCCUCAUGACACGUGAAAAACACCCUGAUGGGAAAGUGCUGAUCAUCGGUGGAAGUAUUGCCAACUUCACUAAUGUAGCAGCCACAUUUAAGGGCAUUGUUAGAGCCAUCAAAGACUACCAGGGUCCCCUGAAGGAGCAUGAGGUCACGAUCUUUGUUCGUCGAGGUGGACCAAACUACCAGGAGGGGCUGAGGGUCAUGGGGGAAGUAGGAAAGACCACAGGUAUUCCUAUCCAUGUCUUUGGUACCGAGACUCACAUGACAGCCAUCGUCGGUAUGGCCCUGGGUCACCGGCCAAUUCCUAAUCAGCCCCCAAUGGACGCACAUACUGCCAACUUCCUCCUCAAUGCUAGCAGCAGUGCAAAGACUCCAGCUUCCACGAGGACUGCUUCGUUCUCAGAACCAAGGACACCUACUGAAGCAACUCCAGCAAAGAAGUGCAAAUCAGGUCAUCCAGCAGAUGCCUUUCACUCUAUUCUGUGGCCUCUGAAGAAUGUGGUCACAGCAGGUUGGAAAGAAGCACAAGCCCCUUCAGGCUACAGUGGAGCCAAAGCCACUACGCUUUUCAGACAAAACACCAAGAGCAUUGUGUGGGGCAUGCAGACACGUGCUGUGCAGGGCAUGUUGGACUUCGACUACGUGUGCUCCCGGGAAGAACCUUCAGUGGCAGCUAUGGUUUACCCCUUCACUGGGGAUCACAAACAGAAAUUCUACUGGGGCCAUAAAGAAAUCCUGCUGCCAGUCUACAAGAACAUGGCUGAUGCUAUGAAGAAGCACCAGGAGGUGGAUGUGUUAAUAAGUUUUGCGUCACUGCGUUCAGCCUUUGACAGCACAAUGGAGGCUAUGCAGUACCCACAGGUAGACAAUGAAACUGGUGUUGUGUUUAAAGAUGUGCCUUUUAGUGAGACGAGGAAAAUAAUCAAGGUGGCUGACGAAAAAGGAGUCACAAUCAUUGGGCCUGCCACGGUGGGUGGCAUCAAGCCCGGUUGUUUUAAAAUUGGUAACACCGGUGGUAUGCUGGACAACAUCCUGGCCUCCAAGCUGUACCGUCCAGGCAGUGUGGCCUAUGUUUCCCGCUCAGGGGGCAUGUCCAACGAGCUGAACAACAUCAUCUCACGCACUACAGACGGUGUCUAUGAAGGAGUGGCUAUCGGAGGAGACAGAUAUCCAGGCUCAACCUUCAUGGACCACGUUCUCCGUUACCAGGACACUCCAGGCAUUAAGAUGAUAGUGGUACUAGGAGAGGUGGGAGGGACUGAGGAGUACAAGAUCUGCCAGGGCAUCACAGAGGGCAGGAUCACCAAGCCUGUCGUGUGCUGGUGUAUUGGAACCUGCGCUACCAUGUUUGCCUCAGAGGUUCAGUUUGGCCAUGCUGGCGCCUGUGCCAACGAAGCUUCAGAAACUGCGGUGGCCAAGAACCAGGCUCUAAGAGAUGCUGGAGCUUAUGUUCCCAAGAGCUUUGAUGAGCUGGGGGAUGUUAUUAGGACAGUUUAUGAGGACUUGGUAGCCAACGGCACCAUAGUUCCAGCUGAAGAGGUUCCUCCUCCGACAGUACCCAUGGAUUAUUCAUGGGCACGGGAGUUGGGACUGAUCCGCAAACCAGCCUCCUUUAUGACAAGCAUCUGUGACGAGCGAGGCCAAGAACUCAUCUAUGCCGGCAUGUCCAUCACUGAGGUCUUCAAAGAGGAGAUCGGAUUGGGAGGUGUGCUGGGGUUACUCUGGUUCCAGCGCAGAUUACCACGCUACGCCUCCCAGUUUAUUGAAAUGUGCCUGAUGGUGACGGCAGAUCAUGGGCCAGCUGUAUCUGGUGCACACAAUACUAUUGUCUGUGCUCGUGCAGGGAAAGACCUUGUUUCAAGCCUCACCUCUGGACUGCUCACAAUUGGCGACCGUUUCGGUGGUGCACUGGAUGCAGCCGCAAAGCAAUUCAGCAAAGCAUUUGAUAGCAGCAUGCUGCCUAUGGAGUUUGUCAACAAGAUGAAGAAGGACGGGAAGCUGAUCAUGGGCAUUGGUCACAGAGUCAAAUCAAUCAAUAACCCUGACAUGCGAGUUCAAAUUCUGAAGGACUUUGUGAAGCAGCAUUUUCCCUCCUGUCAUCUUCUCGAUUAUGCUUUGGAUGUUGAGAAAAUUACAACCUCUAAGAAACCAAACCUGAUCCUCAAUGUGGAUGGGCUGAUUGGUGUUGCCUUCGUGGACCUGCUCAGAACAUGUGGUGGAUUCACACGAGAUGAGGCUGAUGAGUUUGUGGAAAUCGGUGCACUAAAUGGGAUCUUCGUCCUGGGCAGAAGCAUGGGCUUUAUUGGUCAUUACCUGGACCAGAAGAGGCUGAAACAGGGUCUGUACCGUCACCCGUGGGACGACAUCUCCUACGUGCUUCCUGAACACAUGUCCAUGUAAGAUGUGUGGUCACUCUUAGACAAACCCUUUCUCUCGGCUUAUAUCUCUACACUUAUGACAACAGCUGCCUUCCGUAGUCAAAAAGAGCUGAAGGACAUGAAGGUAGAGUAAAAGUUUGGCUGCGAUAUUGUGCGUGGGGGAAAAACUUCUUCAAGCUAGUUUUUAUGGAUACAUUGUUGGCUAGUAUAUUUUUGCAAAGAGUUUUGACAAAUGAACUUAUUCAGUUUUGGAAAACGAGCCAAUCCAAUGCAAGCUCUGAUAUUGCAGAGCAACAUGGUGGUGUCAGACCAAGGAAAAUGAUGGUUGAGCACAAGUACCUCUCUGUGAACAUGUCAAUGUAGGGCUGUCAUAAAUGUCAUACAGCACAUCCUGGAGGUUAGGGUUUUAGAGCAUCAUUUGAAUAAAAAUGUUGAUAGGGUUAGUUUUAGUAUUAAAAUAAUUGGACUAAAUAAUUCCAAACUAUUUUGAAUACAGUACACCAGGAUACAGUUCCCCAGGUUCCUACCGUACUUCAAUGUACCACAGCAGUGAAGGCUCUUGAAACAAAUGGUACAGCUACACAGAUGUGUGUGAGUGCUCUGCCCUGUAAACAUCAGCACUACAUCAUCACAUAAAUGACAUUUAUUACAUGACAGUUUAUUGACUGUAUGUUGUGUCUUCAUGGAAAUAUUACGGUUACGAACUGUGGUUUACAUAGUUGGGAUGAAACCUGCUUGAAGUCGGGCUCCGGUUUGUAAUGGAAUUUAAUUAAAUUGUAAUACAUUCAUGGUAAUAAUACUAAUAAUAAUAAGUUUGAUUUAAUUUGAAUCACCUAUUUGUUUCAGGCCACAAAGUGUGCCCUUCGACACUUAAUUUUCUGAGUCUCAGACCUCAGGUUAAACACGUUAUACUUUGAAGACUUACUGUGAGUCGUCAUACUGUAUUUCUUUCACCUUUGCUUCUACUGAGAAACCUAAAUGUUAAACCAAAGUCAUCUUAAUGUUUACUUUAAAGAAGUUAAAUCAGAUCCAGUGGGAGGUAGACCAGCAUUUACCUUUGGAGAAGGAAGCAUUGAAUGAAAUCCAAAAAUAAAAAAUAAAAUAAAUAAAACCUGUUCGAAAUUGAAUGGCAGAGCAGUGGUUAAACUUCUCCAGCUGCUGUAAAUUGGGCUAAGUUCUGUGGUACACCAAAGUCAGUGGAUCUACCCGUGUUGUUAAUCUGAAUAACUGUGUUGACGACAGCGAAACAUAGAAGCAUCAGAAGAGGAAUCAAAGAAAGGCUACAUGAAUGAGCCCUAUGAGUCUUGAAAGAAUCUUUUGGAGAGGGACCAUAAUAGUAGUGUGCUUUUUUUGGUGGGGGAGGUGAUGUGAUUUUACAUGUACUCUGAAUGUUUUCUCUAAGAUAACUCACUGAAGACUCCAAAUGCUUUGUUACUCCUCACCUGGUGACCCGCUUGUUCGGUUUUCUUUAUUUUAACUGUGAUAAAUAAACACGGUUUUGUACUACACAGCCAUACAGUGUAAUAAACGGUUAUUGUUUAACUUUU